UUUACUUGUCUCAAUUCCUCUAUCAUGUAUGUCCUUUAGAUGUCUACUUAUUAAUUAUAAAUAAAUAAUACAUACCCAUCUCAAAUCCUCUGCACUCUCAUAAAAUUAUCUCAUCCAACAAUUCACAUACUUUCGUAUGUAAUUAUUAAUUAAGCAUUAACUAUUAUAUUUUUUUAUAGAAGCAAUGGCAAAAUGGAAGAGGGAGGUUUUAGUGAUGAUAUUGUUCUUAUUGAUCUCGACGACAAUUGCCAAGGAAGUGACAAAGGCGAAAGGAGUGAGGCAUAGAAAGCGGCAUUCAGCGACAGUAGCCCAAGCAACAAUAAACGGGACAAGUAGUAAUAGUAGUGAAGCCUACUGCCUAAGCUGGAGGAUGGCCGUCGAAGCUAACAACAUGAGAGGCUGGCGAACCAUCCCUACUCAGUGUUGGCGCCAUGUCCAAGGCUACAUGGUGGGAGGCCAAUAUUACCGCGAUAUUAGCUUGAUUAUUGAUCAAAUUUAUGCUUAUUUGGAUGGUGUUACUCCCCUUGGUGAUGCCUUAGAUGCUUGGAUCUUUGAUGUCGAUGACACUUGCCUCUCCAACCUCUUUUACUAUCGCGCCAAGCGCUUUGGGUGUGAUCCAUAUAACCCAACGGAGUUUAAAACUUGGGCUUCUAAAGGAGAGAGUCCAGCCAUUCCUGCCGUGUUGGAUUUGUUUAACAAAUUGAUUGAAGUUGGAUUUAAGGUGAUCUUAUUGACAGGGAGAGAUGAAGAGACCCUUGGCGAAGCUACUGUUGAUAAUUUACUAAAUCAAGGUUUUGUUGGCUAUGAACGCCUCAUAAUGAGGUCGCCGGAGUAUAGAGGACAGAGUGCAGUCAUGUACAAGUCUGAGAUUCGCCGGCAAAUAAUGGAGCUAGGGUAUAGGAUUUGGGGAAAUGUAGGAGACCAAUGGAGUGAUCUUCAAGGCAAUUUUAGUGGUGAUCGAACAUUCAAAUUUCCCAAUCCAAUGUACUUCGUUCCCUAAUUAAUUUUAGGAGUGGUUAAGUGUGUAUGUGGCUCUAAAGUUUAGAGAGCCAUGUUUGGUGCUAAUUUCCUAUAUGUAUGUAAAUUUGUGAAUGGAGGGGAGAUUGUAAACAUUCAAAAUGUAACUAUUUAAAAGCUCAAUUUGAACGGAGAAUUGCAAACGUGAAUAAUUU